UAUAGUGAAUGCAGGGUCCGGGGAGAUCGGAUAUAGUGAAUGCAUUGUCAGGGGAGACCGGAUAUACUGAAUGCAGGGUCUGGGGAGACCAGAUAUAGUGAAUGCAGGGUCUAGGGAAACCAAAUAUAGUGAAUGCGGGGUCCGGGGAGACCAGAUGUAGUGAAUGCAGGGUCCGGGGAGACCGGAUAUAGUGAAUGCAGGGUCCGGGGAGACCAGAUAUAGUGAAUGCAGGGGUCUGGGGAGACAGGAUAUAGUGAAUGCAGGGUCCGGAGAGACCAGAUAUAGUGAAUGCAGGGUCCAG